AUGGCUUACAACAAGAGUUACAAUCCAGACGCGCUGCCAGCUCACGCUGAGCCCGAGCAGGUCGCGCAGAUGAUUGGAACCAUGCAGGUAUCGGGAAACCACAGCCAAACCCAUAAGCCGCUUCCUUCGCGGCCACCGCAGUCAGGGCUGAGCGGCGUACCUCCCCGCGUCCCAGUCGCCAGCGCUCCGCCAAAACCACAUAGCAACCCUGCCCCGCGCCCGCAAGAACCCCAUGCUCCGCAUUCCUACAACGGCCGCCCAUCGCCAGCAAACCCACCCCCAAGCCAGCACCGGCCGCACCCAUUGCAUCCCUCCCCGCCGCCUCAGAAUUACGGCUUCGGCCCGCCGCCUCAACCUCAGCGCAAUCGGCCUCCGCCUUCUUUUCGCCCUCCGCAAUCUCCUCAACCCCCGCCGCUGUCAGCGCCCGGCGAUGAUCCGCAACAGCUGCUCCCCCUUUUCCGGGCGGCGAACUCGUCGCACUCCGGCUCGUUGACCGAGCACGAGCUGGGCUCCGCGCUCGUGAAUGGGGACUACACAUCCUUCCACCCGCGCACGGUCAAAAUGAUGAUCCGCAUGUUCGACAGAGACUGCAACGGGAUUAUCAGCUUUGACGAGUUCGUUUCGCUGUGGAAGUACCUCGCCGCGUGGCGGGAACUGUUCGACCGGUUCGACGAAGACCGCAGCGGGCGGAUCAGUCUGCAGGAGUUUGAGAAGGCGCUGGUCGCGUUCGGAUACCGCCUGAGUCCUCAGUUUGUCUCGGUGCUCUUUACGGCGUUUGAGAGCAAGACGAGGCACAUGACAGCGCCGCCGAAGAGUCCUGUUACGGAUCGCAAUGGCAUGAGCUUUGAUCUCUUUGUGCAGGCGUGCAUUAGUUUGAAGCGCAUGACGGAUGUGUUUAAGCGGUAUGAUGAAGAUCGGGAUGGAUAUAUUACGGUGAGCUUUGAGGAGUUCUUGACCGGUAUGUACUUUUUCUUCCCUCUGGAUGGCAAGGGUAAUGUUGAGUGGAUGGCUGACGGAUGA